AUGCUGUUCGCCGCGUGCGUGCUUGUGCGGGUGCCGCCGCGACGACGCACGCCUCCGCGGAACGCUUGCAGGCCGCGCGAAGAGGACAUUGAGCCCGAGCUCGCCUCCGAGGACGACGACGACGCGCCCCCAGGACCGGCGCCUCCGGCCGCGACGCCGCGCGCAGCAGUCAGCCUGCAUGAGUCAGCCCCGGCCGACGUGGCCGGCCAGGACGCCGGCGCCUCGCCGGAAGUGCCAGCGCUCCCGAAGAGCGCGCCGCCCGCCGCGCGGCCCUCCGGCUUGAUGUCGCAGCAGCGGGCCUUCCUGCAAAGCAACGCGCCAAAGGCGGGGGCUGGCCUGCGUCCCGGCGGCCUCUCGCACCUCGGCGUGGGCGGGCAGUCGCUGUGCGCACGGAUGCGCGGCGUCGAGAGCGGCAUCCGGAAGCUCGAGGCGCGGCUGGAGCAGCGCGCCCCGAGGGGGAGUAUUCCUUCCCCCCCCCCCAAGACCGCUGGCCGGGAGGCGGCUGCGGCGCCGUUCGUGGCGCGCGUGGUCGCUACGUCGUGGAUGACCACGCACCUCGCGGUGCACUGCGUGCCCGUCGCGGUGCUGGAGGCGCAGGUGCAGUGGGUGAUUGGCGCGCAACACUCGAGCGCAGACAGGGACGCGGGCAGCGAAGGCAGCGCGCAGCAGAAGUCGCAGGCGUCGCAGCGUGGCCAGCCCGCGCGCGCGGCGCUCGACGGGAGCACGUCUGUGGUGGUGCUGGUGCCCGCUGCGACGGCCCGCAAGCUCGAAGUGCUUGAGGGGGGGCGCAUUGCCGUGCAGGCGCCCUGGUGCGUGGUGCUGGGGGCGGGGGACCCGGGCGUGGCGGUCGUGCUGGGACACCUCUUCGAGGUCGGCAGGUGA